AUGUUUCGACCCUAUGAACAUGGAUGUAAACAGUACAAACCUACUCUCAGGGUGAACUUUCGGGAUGAAAGCAUUAGUAAUUGUAUUUCAGCUUGUCUGUUGUGCAUUAUCUCUUACGAUUUGCCUAUGUGUGUUUUUCACUCACUGGCGUGCAUUAACCAAUUUUUUUGUUUUAUUUCAAUUGGGGUAUUGAUCAAACAAAAUCCUUGCCUUCUUGUGCCUUUUCUGACGUUACAGUUAAUAUUCAUGACGACUCUCGGUUUACUAGUUGUUGUAUGGUGGAUAGCAACUUUGCUAGCGUCAUUCGAUCUGGUUCAUUACAGGAGUCCAUUUGAAGCGCUAACGAAUUGCGAAUUUUUCGUUGCGGCUGGAAUAGUACUUUUGCUUCUGUUCAUCGUAUGGUCAAAAAUCUCACUUAUUCUCUAUCACGGUUAUACACGAACCGAAAGAGAAGCACGUUAUCGACGACAAAUCUCAUCCGGUUAUCAAAUGUCUAGGAGUAAUACAUUUCCUCCAACACUUGUAUAA